AUUACUGAGUACAGAAUCCAGGAUCGGACUGGCGACCGAUUUGCAAACAUAAUUGUAUUUGUUGAAGUUUAUUUUUUGAAUUUUAAGAAAAUAUAGGCAAUAUUCCUCAAAGAUGUAUGGUGUUAAUUAAUAAUUGUUCUAAUCCAAAUAGUCAUAUAGAAAAUGAUAUUUCUCAAGCCUAUAUGGGUGAAUCAUGAGGAUAGCAAGCCCAUAUUUUCAGUGGAUAUCCACCCGAAUGGGGGAAGAUUCGCUACAGGAGGACAAGGUGGAUCAGGAGGACGUAUUGUUAUAUGGAACAUUGGUCCCGUCCUAUACGAAAAUGAAGAAACUAACCCGAAAAUCCCCAAAAUGCUCUGUCAAAUGGACAAUCACUUGGCCUGUGUCAAUGUUGUCAGGUGGAGUAACGCAGGGCAUCUCUUAGCUUCCGGAGGAGAUGAUAAACUAGUCAUGAUUUGGAGACUGUCUAAUGAAGGUACUUCUUCAAUAUUUGGUAGCGGUAAAGUUAAUAUUGAAACGUGGAAGUGCGUGCACACUCUGAACUCUCACAACGGUGAUGUUUUGGAUAUCUCAUGGGCCCCUCACGAUGGUUGGCUGGCCUCAGGAAGUGUCGACAAUACCGUUAUCAUUUGGAAUGCCCAGAAAUUUCCUGAAAAAAUAUCUGUCCUAAAAAAUCAUACCGGAAUGGUAAAGGGUGUCACGUGGGACCCGGUAGGGAAAUACAUUGCUAGUCAAUCUGAUGAUAAAUCUUUGAGGAUUUGGCGAACAUCAGACUGGGCUCAGCAGGAAGUUGUAACAGAUCCAUUCACGGAAUGUUCCGCCACCACCCAUGUUCUUAGACUGUCUUGGUCACCGGACGGGCAGUACUUAGUAUCAGCCCAUGCAAUGAACGGAGGGGGUCCAACAGCUCAGAUAAUCGAGAGAGAAGGCUGGAGACAGGACAAAGACUUUGUCGGACACCGGAAAGCUAUAACUUGUGUGCGUUUCAACUCGAAUAUACUCAAAAAACACGACAGUCCGAAAUCUACUCAGUACUGCUGCUGUGCAAUCGGGUCGAGAGAUCGAUCAAUCAGUGUUUGGUUGACUUCCCUCAAGAGGCCUUUGGUUGUGAUAAAGGAUCUGUUCAACGACAGCGUUCUUGAUAUCUCUUGGAGCAGCAAUGGUUUGUAUUUGCUUGCCUGUUCGUGGGACGGCACUGUGGCCUGUAUCACUUUUACCCAGGAAGAAAUUGGGAAGCCACUGUCUAUGGACGAAAAGAAUGCACUUUACGAACGAGUGUACCACAAAUCCUUCCAAAGAAACUGGAACGCCAGCUUCACGGGCUCCCAAAUAGUCGAAAAUCCUGAACUACUCAGUGCCAUCGAAGAAAUGAACGAGAAAAGCGCGACCACAGCACUGAAAAUUGACGUGCAAGAACCGCAGCCGGUUAGCAAAGACGUUUCGUUUGAAUCCCCGAAACCCAAUCAGAGCAUAUUGGUGCCUGCGAACAAACAGCUGGAGACGAGGUUGCCCUCAGGGAAGAGACGAAUUACUCCGAUGUUGCUGACUUCUGUGCCAAACGUUGCCAAAGAUGUCGGGGAUGAUAUUCCAGAGAUAACCACAACAGCUGCCAGUCAAACGUCUUUCAGUAAAUCUUCUCCUACCAAGAGCCAGAUUAUAGUGGAGACCGUAAAACCUCCGCAAGAAGUGACAAAACCGAAUGAGCCCUCUGUUAUAGAUCCUACAAAGGGGGUAAGCAAAGCGGUCGCGCAAACACCGGGCAUACAGAUAAAUCAGCUGAUGUGCUGCGAAGUGCCUGGAGAUGAACCUAUCGUGAAGUUUAUUAAUGUGUUGGAUCCGCUGAAGAUGCCACCGGGAGUUUCUGUCACUAAAGAAGGGGGAACAAUGAAAUUGCAGGUGACCAACAAUUGCCACAAAACAUCAAAAGGUUCAUUAUCGAAAAUUGAAGCCUUCAAAAGUAUGAACGACAAAGAGCCCAAAUGGGAUACAUACUUAGGAUCUUCAAUAAGAUGUCUCGGAUCCAACAGAACGACUGUAGUGGCCUGUUGCGAGGACCUCACCAUAAACGUCUUCGAUAUCAAAACUGGUGCAAGACCUCUGCCUCCUCUCCUAAUCGAAGACCUGGUGUCUUCUUUGAGCCUAUCCCUCGGCGGACUUUGUUUGGUACUGACAAAAACCGGACUAAUGCAUAUGUGGGAUUUGCGAAACCGGAAGAGUAUCCUUUGCAGGGUUUCUGUCAGAAGUUUGCUGUCAGGAAAAGGAACUUUAAAUAGUUGCAGCUUGAGCCCCUCUGACCAGCCUGUGAUAACUUUGACUGAUGGAAGAGCUUAUGCCUACAGUAUGGAUUUGCAAACAUGGAUUCAGCUAUCGAACCCGUUAGAUCCCAUUUCCGGAGUAGCUGGAAACCUAACUCGAAGAGUUCCUUCAAACCUACCGUUGUCUUCCCUCCAAAGGUGCAUGCCUGUACAACGAAACAUGGCCACCCUGCCUCCCGGCGUAACGCUCAGCUUCCUCGAAUCUCAAAUCACUGCCACUAACGUGUUGGAGUCCAAAACGGAGUACAAGUAUUGGUUGAUUGCCACUGUCAACCAUUUACUAGAUAAAGGUCCAGAGUGUAGGUUGAGGAUGAUAUUGGACGAUCUCAUGGGUCCUAACCAUUCCAGUGCCAAGAAACAGAAAUUGGAUAAUGACGAGGUUGUCUCGAAGCGGUCUCUUUUGGAAGAAGUAUUGGGCAUCAUCAAAACGAAACUGCCAUGGCAAAGACUGUAUAACGAAUACUACGAACAAUUGUCUGACAUAUGAGGUUCGGGUCCACUGUCAAUGUGAUAAUAAUUGUAAAUCUACUCAGUAGGUUUCUGACAGUGUACGUCACUGGCAUUACGAAAAGCUAGAGAGCUAUUGUGUCUCGUAAUUGUCGUGAAUUAUUUGUAUGUAAUGAAAAUCGAAGGUAAACUUGUUUUCUAUAAAUUAUUUUUUAUUUUUAUUCACGGAUGGAACUUUCAGUGGUUGAAUGAAAUAAAGUAUGCCUGAGUUGGUUGAUAUGUAUCGUUAUAAAUGCUCUAACCUAACCUUCAACCCAUGGUUCAUUAUCAAUUAGAACUCGCUGACCUACUUCGUAUAGGCAUAGAACAAGUAAAUAGACAACUCAUCUAUUUUAUAAAAUACUCUGAUGAUUCCAUUGAUUAUGACACAAACUGCCGAAAAGUUUUAUUUGUUUUUUAAGUGAAUUCAAAGAAGUUCAAACGCAGGUAUUGGUAUAACGCAGUAUUGUCACCUCAGAUUUAGUAACUUCACGUGAUUCACAAGUUUUGUAUCAAUACAGUAACAUAUCCAGUAAUACAGAAUAUAUUAUGUUUA